GUGAGCUCAACUUAUCUUCAAGUCAAAAUGAGACGGUGGACACUAAAGCUGCGAGCACAAAUUGUGUUUUUUAUCAUCGGCACCUGCAUUAUAUGCCAGUGUGGACUAAUAAACGGAGAAAUCUGCCAGAGUAAGGACAUCCGGAACAAUGUGACCAACCUCCAAUCGUUGGAGAACUGCACCAUCAUCGAGGGCCACCUGAAGAUUCUGCUCAUGUUUAAGACCAAGACGGAGGACUUCCGGGGCCUCAGCUACCCAAAGCUGAAAGUGGUGACCGACUAUGUGCUGCUGUUCCGGGUCUACGGCCUGGAGGCCCUCAGCGAUCUCUUCCCCAACCUGACAGUGAUCCGUGGAAACAACCUCUUCUUCAACUACGCUCUCGUGAUUUACGAGAUGCUGCAGCUGAAGGAGGUGGGCCUUUACAGCCUCAAGAAUAUCACCCGGGGCGCCGUGAGGAUUGAGAAGAAUCCAGACCUGUGCUACCUGGCCACCCUGGACUGGUCCAAGAUCCUGGACACAGUGGAGGACAACUUCAUCGUGGCCAAUAAGAAUGACAGAGAGUGUGGAGAUGUGUGUCCCGGCACAGCCCAAGGUCAGACCACCUGCUCACAGAACACCAUCAACGGACACUUCAGGGGUCGAUGCUGGUCGCAGAACCACUGCCAGAGAAUGUGCUUGGACAACUGCAAGCAUAGUGCGUGUACCCUCAAGGGCCAGUGCUGCCACGACCAGUGCCUGGGCAGCUGUUCUGAGCCGGGGAACGCAAGUAGCUGUGUGGCCUGCAGGAACCUCCAGCAUGGGAAUACCUGUGUGGAAAAGUGUCCUGCUGGAUACUAUGUCUUCAGGGGCUGGCGCUGUGUCAGCUUCUCCUUCUGCCAGGAGCUCCACAACCAGUGUAAGCAGACUAAGAAGUUGAACCAGGACCGGGAGCUGGGCUGCUACGAAUAUGUCAUCCACAACGGGGCCUGUAUUCCAGAGUGUCCUUCUGGAUACACCACUAUCAACUCCACUACGUUGACCUGUUCGCCAUGUGCAGGGCUGUGUCCCAAACUGUGUGUGGGAAAUAAGACAAUUGACUCUGUAACUUCAGCCCAGGCUUUGAGAGGCUGCACUGUUCUCCACGGCAACAUGAUCAUCAAGAUCCGAGGAGGGAAUAACAUUGCAGCUGAAUUGGAAUCUAGCUUGGGCCAGCUUGAGGAAAUCACAGGCUUCCUGACUGUUCGCAGAGCCUACGCCCUGGUGUCCCUGUCCUUCCUCCGCAAACUACGUAUUAUUAGGGGGGAGCAUCUUGAGGGAGAUGUCUACGCCUUCUAUGCACUGGACAACCAGAACCUGCGUGAGCUGUGGGAUUGGUCCAAGCACAACCUGACCAUCCAUCGUGGUCGUACGUUCUUCCACUACAACUCCAAACUUUGCAUGACUGAAAUCAGGAAGAUGGAGGAGGUGACGGGAACCAAGGAGCACAACCAAAAGAAUGACAUCGCCGUACGCACCAACGGGGACCAAGCUUCCUGUGAGACCAAGCUACUGAAAUUCACCGUGAUCAAGACCACAUCAACUAUUAUUAUGCUGAAGUGGGAACCCUUUUGGCCUUUGGACUUCAGAGACUUGCUGGGCUUUAUGGUUCUCUACAAAGAGGCGCCGUACAGGAAUGUGACGGAGUUUGAUGGACAGGAUGCAUGUGGCUCCAACAGCUGGGCGAUUGCUGAUGUUGAUCCUCCAUCCCGUUCCACGGACGGCAAUAAGCCGGCUGAUCCGGGGCACCUGAUCCGACCAUUGAAGCCCUGGACCCAGUACGCCAUUAUGGUCAAAACCCAACUAUCUGCAUCUGACGAGCACCAGGUUCAUGGAGCCAAGAGCGAGAUCAUCUACGUCCGCACCAAUGCCUCCAAACCCUCUGUGCCUCUGGACCCCAUCUCUUCCUCCAACUCCUCCUCUCAAAUCAUCCUGAAGUGGAAGCCUCCCACCAGUCCCAAUGGCAACAUCACCCACUACCGCGUCAUCUGCCGUAAGCAGUCCGAGGAUAGCGACCUCUACAAGUUCGACUACUGCCUACAAGGAAUGAAGCUGCCGUCUCGUACCCCGACCCACCUGGACAGUGAGGAUGAGCAGAAGUGGAACCACACAGACGAGCCCACCUCAGGGGGCAGGUGCUGUGCCUGCCCCAAGACUGACAACCAGCUAAAGAAGGAGCAGGAGGAGAUAGAGUAUCGCAAGACCUUUGAGAACUACCUCCACAAUGAAGUCUUUGAGAGCAGGCCGUCUCGUCGCCGGCGCUCAGUGGGAGUUGCCAACGCCACCCUGCCCUCUUUCUUCCUCACCACAGCACCCAGUCUGGCUUUCGGCUCCACGACAUCCACCCCUGAAGAUGAAAACGAGGAAGAGGAGGGAUCCAAGGUGGAGCUGAAGGUCUCUUCAAAGGAGUCAACAGUCAUCUCCAACCUGCAACACUUUACCAGUUAUAAGAUCGAGAUCAUGGCCUGCAACCAUGCGACAGACCUCAAACGCUGCAGCAUGGCUACUUAUGUCAGUGCUCGAACCAUGCCAGAGGAGAAAGCAGACGACAUCCCAGGCCUUGUGACCCACGAGAUAGUGACGGCCGAGCCUCCCUAUGUGUUGAUCAAAUGGAAUUCCCCUCGCUCCCCUAACGGCCUCAUCAUUCUGUAUGAGGUGUUCUACGGGAAGGUCGGAGACUCAGAGAGUCACACAGCUUGUGUGUCACGACCCGCCUACCUCAAAUCAGGUGGCACAAAGCUUUCGCUCGUGCAACCUGGAAACUACAGCGUGAGGGUCCGCGCCACCUCCUUGGCAGGAAAUGGAUCUUUUACAGAAACCACUUACUUCUUCAUGCCCAGUUCUGAUCCAGGUUUAAUUUGGAUUGUGAUGGGUCCAGUCAUCUGCUUCAUCCUGCUGCUGUUCGUUGGAGGUGGAGUCUUUGUGAUCCUCAAAAAGAGGCAAACAGAAGGCCCGACAGGACCUCUUAUCGCCUCCUCAAACCCAGAGUACAUCAGCACCAAUGAUGUGUAUGUUCCUGAUGAGUGGGAGGUGCCCCGGGACAAGAUCACGGUGCUAAGAGAGCUGGGUCAGGGCUCCUUCGGCAUGGUGUACGAGGGAAUCGCCAAGGACAUCAUCAAAGGAGACCCAGACACACAAGUAGCCGUCAAGACGGUCAAUGAAUCGGCCAGCCUGCGCGAGAGGAUCGAGUUCCUCAACGAAGCCUCCGUCAUGAAGGCUUUCAGCUGUCACCACGUGGUACGUCUGUUAGGCGUGGUGUCCAAAGGUCAGCCCACCCUGGUCGUGAUGGAGCUGAUGACCCACGGUGACCUGAAGAGCUACCUGCGUUGUCUCAGGCCGGACUCUGAGCACAACCCCACAGGGCGUUCACCACCUACGCUGAAGGAGAUGAUCCAGAUGGCUGCAGAAAUUGCGGAUGGCAUGGCCUACCUCAACGCCAAGAAGUUUGUCCACAGAGACCUGGCAGCCAGAAACUGCAUGGUGGCAGAAGACUUUACCGUCAAGAUUGGAGACUUUGGUAUGACCCGAGACAUCUAUGAGACUGACUACUACCGUAAGGGAGGUAAGGGCCUGCUUCCUGUCAGGUGGAUGGCUCCGGAGUCUCUGAAGGACGGAGUCUUCACUGCCCACUCUGACUGCUGGUCGUUUGGCGUCGUGCUGUGGGAGAUCAGUACGCUAGCAGAGCAGCCUUACCAGGGUUUAUCCAACGAACAGGUUCUAAAGUUUGUCAUGGAUGGAGGAUACCUGGACCGGCCCGACAACUGCCCCGAGAGGAUGCACAGCCUCAUGCAGAUGUGUUGGCAGUACAACCCCAAGAUGCGGCCGCUGUUCCACGAGAUCAUCGAGAUGCUGCGGGCGGAACUGCACCCGUCUUUCCAGGAGUGUUCCUUCUUCUACAGCGAGGAGAACAAAGUCCCAGAGACAGAGGAGUAUGACCUGGACCUGGACAACAUGGAGAGCAUCCCACUGGACCCAUCUUCAUACUCUCACAGAGAGGAGAGCUUAGGCAGGGACAGCGGGCCCUCGCAGGCCCUCAGGGGGAACUAUGAGGAGCAUGUCCCCUACACACACAUGAACGGUGGCAAGAAAAACGGACGAAUCUUAUCGUUGCCCAGAUCCAGCCCUUCCUAACAUCUCCUGUUUCCUAAAAGAACUUGUAAACCUUCCCUUAAUCCUUCUUUCUCUUCCAGUCCAUUUUUUUCUGUAUCUUUUCAAGUUCCUUUCAUCAUUUUCUAAUGGUUUUCGUAUUCUUGGAGAAACCCUUCAAAACAGAAACAGAUCUCAGGACUUUUUAUUUUCUUUCUCAUGGCUGCCGCACACAGGCAAGCAAGGGAUGCAAACAUGGUGUAACUUUUUUUUUUUUUUUUUUUUACUU